AUGCACAUGCUUCGCGACAUCAAUGGACAACUGCCACUGGAGUCGGAUCGUCCCGAAUUUGUGGAAGCUGCAACCCUUUCGUCCCGUCUCGAAGCCUUUGGCAACCGAAAGCCGAGUGACCACCAAUCGAACUUCGGCAGAGCCCCGAUCAGCCCGACGCCACUGCGACGACAGCCCGACGCGGCCCCAGGCCUUUCUCAUCGCACACUGCCUCUUCCGACUUCAUUUGGACGUGACUCGGCGCCUUCGACCUCGAACGGCGUGUGUGACAGCCCUUCGGGUGAUGAUUCCCUAGAGUCUGCCUUCAGCAUGGCGCGACAUACCACACCCCCCCGGCCGCCUCCUCCGCCGUCGCAUCCUGGAUCAGAAGCGCCUGCCAUCAACGGCACGACCCCAAAGGCUCAAACAGACUCCAAUGCAGAUUGGACGAUACCAAAAAUCAUAAGCCAGCUCAACAUCUACCGACAAGAUGUCAAGGAAGGCCAUGCGAAGCUCAUCGGGUACAUCUUGGAGUCUACCAAGGCUACCGAACGGAGGAUUCGCCAUGGACGCGACCUUUUUGCAAAUAUUCGCACCCCUGUUCUUACGGAGAAGAAAAGCACCACCAUGCGCAUCAAAUCCAAGCAACAUCUCAAGGGAAAGCGAGACCAGCGAGAAGCACACUAUACCCCGAUAUGCACCAAAACGAACAAAGAGCGUGUGCCGCCUUACCGAUUCCACCACGUCGAAAUAAAAAAGAACGUCCUUACUCCCAACACGAUGCUGACAUUUGUGCCACAUCUGCGAGACUUGGAAAGCUCUGAAGAGACCAAGUAUAAUCUUUGGCUCAAGGAGCUGGAAGACAUUGACCUCAAGUCUGGGUUCAAACCUAUGAACCGCGAAGACAAGCAGCAGCUGACUAUCCAGGGCGAGAGGGCAGCAACUGUGUCGCUAUAUUUGGAUACGUGGUUAGAAAACAUGGCCAUCCCUGGCUGCGACAAGUCGGCAUUGAUUAGCUAUAUGGCCGCCCGAGAACCGGAUUACGCCAUCACACCUCAGCAAAAGUCCGACAUUCUGAAUUCUCACCGCAACAUUGAAAAUGCCGUUCCGGGUGCCAACAAGGCAGCGCAAAUGUUUACCGAUGCCUUUCAUCAGGUAUUUAAAACCGCUCAGCCGGCAUCAAAACAAAUUGAGCUCCGAAGAGUGUUAAUGAUGGAUGAGGCUGUGGACAACAUCAUGGAUUCGAAGCCGAUUGCAAAGGAUGCCACCAGCCCACAACUUCACGACGAGGAUGAGGAUGAGUUGGCCGAGUCCAACUUGGCUACGUAUUGCAUUUUGGGCUGCCUAAUUUGUUUCAGUCAUUCAUGUGACCAUGGCGAGUACGACAACAAAAAUAUGAAGCGCACAUUUUCCAUAUCAUCAUGCUCACACCUCUCUGACGCCCUGAAGCAGAGACGCAACGGCAUGGAACGUGACCGUGCGUCGCCCAUCAAACCGUGUCGGCGACAGUGUUACCAGAGAGCCGCUGACCAUGUACGCAUGCAUUUGCACCCUCGCCCAUGGUUAGAAGAUGAGAGAAUCGUUUUACGAUCAAUCUUUACAACCGCCAGCCACAGCAACUACACGGGGGACCCCAUCUGUCUAGCGGCUGAAUUUUUGAACCGGCAUUGCGAUGAAGUGUACACCGAGUUCAAAUCCAUGGGGAUCUCGCUGCCUCAACCGGAGCCUCCCGAAGCACCGAGGAUAAAGAAUCUGUCAUGGUACGACCGACGACGAAAGGCCCUGUUAGGAGACUGGCAAGAUCACACAACUAGCCAUGCCCACCAACGUCGGGAAAAUCUGGAACCCUGUUCUCACGAAGGCCCAUGUGUGCCAGGAGUCUGUACCUGUGUAGAUGCCGACGUACUUUGCGAAAAGUUUUGCGGGUGCACGGUGGAAAACUGCGCUUACAAAUUUACUGGGUGUGCUUGUCAUUCACAAGGCAAGACCUGUUUAGAUAACAAGAAGGACAAGCCCUGCAUAUGUGUGCAGUUGAAUCGUGAAUGCGAUCCUCAACUGUGUGGCUCCUGUGGUGCCCUGGAGCGUGCCGACCCUCUCAACGCGGAUGACGCGGAGCUUCAUGCAACAGGUUGCCAAAACUGCGAUUUGCAGAGGGGGGUUGGAAAAUUGCUGCUGCUGGGCCAAAGUCAGCUUGAUGGCGUUGGUUAUGGCCUGUUUACGGCGGAGGACAUUGCUCAGGAUGAGUUCAUCAUUGAAUACGUUGGCGAGCUGAUUACGCAUGACGAAGGCGUACGACGUGAAGCCCGCCGAGGCGAUGUGUUUGACGAGGAGUCCAAUGUGUCUUAUGUCUUUACGCUUCUAGAAAACGAAGGCAUCUGGGUUGACGCCGCGAUCUAUGGCAACUUGAGUCGCUACAUUAACCACGCGUCAGAACAUGACAACCGUGGGUGCAAUAUUACGCCGAGGAUCCUUUACGUGAAUGGGGAGUAUCGAAUCAAGUUCACCGCCAUGAGAGACAUCGAGGCAGGAGAGGAGCUGUUCUUCAACUACGGCGAGAACUUCCCCAAUCUGACGAAAAAGCUGCUAGACCACAAGGCGGCAGGCAAGCCAGAAACGAAGAACAAAGCCGCAAAGUCGCGUCGACCCGAGAAUUCUGAGACGAUUGCCCGCAAGGCCACAAAGGCUGACAACACCAAGCGACGGCCGGGCCGACCGCGAGUGAAGCGAGACCUACCUCCUGGCUUCGCGCUUGAGGCAGUGGAUAUGGACCCGGGGCCGGGGCCUCAACCACGCAAACGCAAGCGGCGACUGCAAGAUGAUGGCGACGAGGAGGACUAUGAUGGGGUAGUCUCAGUGAAAGCGGCGAAUGGGGACGGAGGCGGAGGCAGACGCGAGUCGGAGGACCCAGGUUCGGCAUCCAGAUUACGCAGAAGGGUCCGGACGAGCACGGAAACACCAACAAAGCGGAUUGAGCCGCCGAAAAAGACACGAGGCAAGCGAGGCGGAGCACGGCCAGGUAGUGGAAGGCCUAGAAAACACCCACGACCGGUGCCUAAGCCAGCCCUAGCCUUGGAGUCCAAGGGUGACGAUGGACCGACUGUAGCUGGCCAUGCUGCUCCCAGUUCAGGCCCAGAGAAUGAGACAACACCCGCACCUGCACCCGUGUCUGUAUCAGCAUCGGUAUCGACGAGGCAUGCGAGUACACCGGAACCAAAGCGCAUCACCAGGAAUUCAGAAAAGAUGGAUAUGGAGAUUGCGGAUAGCGAGGAUAAUAUGUCAAACGCAGCAUUGAGGAGCAGUGGAGCGAAGACGACAGAUGUGAGUGCGGCGCGGGAAGACGACGACGAUCAAGACGUGGUGAUUCGGCAGCGAAGCGAUAGAGCGUCGAGGACCAGACGGCCGCCAGCCAAGUUUAGAGAUGAUGAUAUUUGGAACUGA